AUGGAUGAUAAGAUGGAUGGUACUGUAACAUUUCAGUUGGAAAAUAUCUGUUCCUAUGAAUGUGUUACUGUAACUAAAUUAGAUGAUGUGCCAGAAAAGGGGUUUAUAAAAUGUACUCAUAAACCUUUAAAUGAAUAUGCUAAUGUAGAGUCAUGUGUAAAAUAUAACAAUAGUAAACUAAGACCCUCAGCCAAUGAUACCGAAAAUGAAACACUUCAGGACCAAAUAUAUAAGAGUAUUAAUGUAAUUUUAUGUAAAACCGAAAAUAAAGAUAAAACAGAUGAUUGUGUACCAUUACUUGUGGAGCUCAACACUGUCUCUAAUGGGAUUGAAUACUACGUUAACCAACAUAAUCCUAAAAAUGAUGGAGUCUCUAAAUGGGUUAAGUUAUCUGAGUGGUUAAAAGAAGUAUUACCUCAAUUAGGAUUGGGAAUUAAAAGAAUACAACUUGGAUUUUAUACGCUUAAAGCACUUUUAGAGAAAGUAGGUGUAAGUGUAAAAAAUGUCAGAAAGGACUUGACCAAAACAUUAAAUAAAAUUGAACCAGAUAAAUUAAAGAAAUUACUUGAACAAAAAAUUGGUGAUAUUGAAAACCAAAAACCAUUGUUAAAUUAUGUUCUAUUAAGAAUAAAGUUUGAACUGUCUAAUUCAGUAAUAAUACUUCUUGAAAAGAAACCUAAUGAAAAUUAUGAUCAUUCUAAGAUCAGUAAACUUAUAAAACCCAAAGAUGUUUUAACCAUAAUGAAUCAAACGACUAAUGUUCAUUUUGUAACUGUAAAAAAUGGAGAAGAUGCUUUAAAAAACAGUAAGAUUGAAAUUGUCUUUUUUUUGUAUGGCAUAAAAAUAGAAACCUAUAAUGAUAAAGGAACUAAAUUAGAAUGUGUAUACUAUGAUGAAGAAGACAAAGUCAGGGUUUUCUAUUAUGAUGAGGAUCCCAGACCUUUAUUAAUAAUGUAUAAAAAUAAGGCCUACAAACCUAAAAAUAUUGAUAGUUAUUAUGAAAAAUGGGUUUUCGUUGAAAUUAAAGAGUCGGAAAGUGUUGAUUUAAAAAAAGGUUCACAACUUUUGGAUAUCCUUUGCGAAUUAACUUACUACUUUAACCCAGUAAAACUAGAAGCUAACGACCAUAGGCUUCAUGCCGGUGCCAAAUAUAUAACUCAGAGAUUCUACAAACCCAAAAAAAUAGUUAGCAUUGAAACAGAAGUAUUCGGUGACGACCUGAAUUGUUAUAAAGAAUACGUACACCAAUCAGGUAGUCCAGGCCACGCUUUAGGAGAGAUUAGUCUCAAUGGAUAUAAAUUAUUUGCGAAUUAUGAAGAAUAUAAGAGUAUUGCAUUAUCUCAAAGGAGUUAUAGAUUCCCAGAUAACGUGACGGCAUACUAUUACAUGUAUGAUAAGAAGCACUGUUACCCAUUGAUGAUAGAAUUACACUAUCUUUACUAUUUUGAUGAGAAAGGAUUUAAAGAAAGCGCUGACGAUUUUUACAAACUUGAUAAGGUUUCUGAAGGUAAAAGUAUAAAAUGGGUCAAAAUUGGUAAUGAUAGUAGUAAGGGUGGCCAGAACCAAAGUGACAAAGACUUUUUGGAAGAAAUAGAAAGAUUGAGCAAAGAAAAUAGCGAAUACAUUAGUGAUUUAAACGAUUAUGAAGACUUUGAUAAUUCGGAAGAGUCACCUAAGUAUCUAGAAUUGGAAGCUGCUAAAGAGAGAAAAUUCAAGGAAAUAAGGGAAGAACUCGGCAUCGUUUACGAAAAAAGUCGUAAAAACCUCAUUCUAGCCACAGCAAACAAUUGCAAAGAAGGACCAAAUGUCUUUGCAAUAGUAGGAUCAGUAUUGACAAUAGGUUUACUUGGCGUUGGGGUUGGAGUGGCAUAUUUCAAGUAUUCUAGCAGUAUAACACACCUUUACAGAAAGUUGUUCUAA